AUGUAUUAUGAAAUUUACCAUUUGUAAUUGGGCCUGUAAUGGGCUAAGAACUAGAUUUGGACGGCAACGACCCUUCCCUCAUCCACGUAGUAGUUUUUCCGGCAAUUAUUCUCCUCACUCUAUCCAUCCAUGGCGGACAAACCUUCAAAUGAGACAAUCCUUGAACAGCUUAAAAAUGGAACUGCGAAGUUUGAGCUCAUCUCAGUCCCUGCUCGUUCAAUUUCAACUGCGGAUUAUCAAACAUUUCCGCCGGCCUUUUCUGGAAACUACAGUCACCGGUUCUUUGCCAGAAUCAGUCCACCAAUUGGAAACGGAGGAUCACCGGCCAUGAAGAAAGUGGAACGUUACUCGGUUCUGAGAGUUACUGGAGAUGGUCGUUGCCUAUUUCGUGCUCUGGCCAAGGGAAUGGCUAUGAACAAGGGAAUUCCUCUUAGCCCACGGGAUGAGAGAGAGGAUGCAGAUGAUUUAAGAAUGGCUGUAAAAGAGGUUAUAUGUGACAAUGACAAAGAACGCCAUCAAUACGAAGGAGCAAUAAUAGCCAUUACUGUUGACGAGUCUUUAAAACGUUACUGUCAACGCAUUGGAAGACCUGAUUUCUGGGGUGGAGAGUCAGAAUUACUGGUGCUGUCAAAGUUGUGUAGGCAGCCAAUCACCGUGUACUUGCCAGAGCAUGAGCAUGCGAGGGGAGGACGGGGCACUGGUUUUAUACCCAUAGCAGAAUAUGGAGCUGAGUUUAGCAAAGGUUCAAUUAAAAGAAAGCCCAAAAAAGUGGUAAGACUUUUAUACACGGGUAGAAACCACUAUGAUCUACUCAUCUGAGAUUAACUCAUUAGCUGAACGAAAGAGCAGGAUAGAAAUGGUGCCAUUCUUAUUCAAAGAUAAUGAACAUUUCUUGUAUUUUUUUUUUUUUUUGAAAUAGGAACAUUUCUUGUAUUUAAUUAUUAAAUUUUCUGUAUUUGUAUUUGUUUACUAAAUUUUGGAUUCCAUAGUUGACAAAACAUUUUCUUUUA